UUUACAUUUUCAAAGUUAAACGUAGAAAAAGCCGAAAAGCCAGCCUUUUUUUUUUUUUUUUUUUUUUCGGCGUUUCCCUCUUCUUCUUCCUCUUCCAUAUUCACAGAUAGACUCGGGCGACUUUGAGCACAGAGAGAGAGAGAGAGAGAGAGAGAGAGAGAGAGAGAGAGAGAGAGAGAGAGUGCAACACCCAACAGCCAAGCAGCCCCUCAGACAAACUACAACCCCCAAGCACAAACCACCACCCACGGAACAAGAUGGGUCGGCGCGGUCAUCAACCUCUGCAGUCCCGCCUGGUCCUGGUCCCGGUGGUCCUGGUGGCCGCAGCGGUCCUUGCUGUGGUUGUCGCGGCAGGCGCCUCGCAGGCCGCGUCGGUGGGUCGGUACGGCGUGGCCCGGCGCGAGGACGAUGCUAGAGUACCAGGAAGCGACGGCAAUGCAAAACCGCUCAUAGCCCGGCGCGGCCUGCUCGACGGCCUGCUGACGCCCGUGCUCAACGGCGUGGUCUGCCUGCUGUUCUGCCCGCCGGGGAGUGCAUCGACGACCUUCUUCACAAAGCCACUGUCCUCCGCGACGCCGGCAUCCGUGACGCCGUCCUCGAAAACGCCGCUCGUCUCAUCGUCGGCAACACCUCUUGCUCUGGCAUCAUCCUCGUCCUCAUUGUCGACCACCACCACCACCACCACCGCACUCGCGCUCACGGCAUCGAGCUCCAUUGACUUGCCAUCGUCGUUGGCGGAAACACCGUCCGAGUCCGAGACCGAGACCGAGACGGGAGCAGUGUUGUCACCUUCAUCUCCGAUCGAUCCAUCGUCAGCAACACCCGUCGUCGUCGUGGGCGGCAGUGCAUCGUCAACAGAGUCACCCACGGACUCGCAAACACCGACCGAACUCACCUCAUUCACAUUGCAGACAAGCGGGACGGCAACCCUCGAAGCCUCUGCUGCGAGCACAACGCCUGUCGGGGGAACAACACCGAGCUCGUGCGCCAAUCUCGGCUUUUGCGCCGCUCAUGCGGGCAACGGUAUUUGCGACGUGGCGUGCGACAACGCAGCGUGCGGCAACGACGGCGGCGACUGCAACCGCUUUUUCGGCGUCCCGCUUGCCGACCGUCCGUUCGACGCGUGCCAAAAUGCAUCGUACUGCGCCUCGGUAUUCAACAAUGGCGUGUGCGACUGGCAGUGCAACUCGUACGAUUGCAACUUUGACGGCCUGGACUGUCGCCCGCAGAGUGUUCGCGACCCCCUCAUGGACUGGUCAAAGUGCCCCUUCGCGGAAUGCGAGGCCGCAUUCACCAACAACAAGUGCGACCUGCGUUGCGCCAUCUCGGACUGCUUCUGGGACAACUUUGAGUGCGUCGAGCCGGUUCAGGUCGACCCUUGGCUGACGUGCCCUUACAGCGACGUGUGUGCUCCAGUGUUUGGCGAUGGCACCUGCGACGCCUUGAAAUCCGGCGUGUGCAGCGACUCUGACUGCCCGUCCGACUUCACCUGCGACUUCAACUUUGGCGACAUUUCCUCCUGCCCGACUGUCGAGCUCUGCGAGCUGGCGUACGAGACGCAGACGUGCAACCCAGCGUGCAAUUCGCGUGCGUGCGGGUUUUCCGGUGGCUUUUGCGCCAACGAUCGACCCAGCUGGCGCGUCGACAUGAUUAUGGGCUAUCCCUAUGCAUACCUCAUUGAUCGUUUGCCACAGAUUGAGCAAGGCCUCUCCACCGUGCUGAACGUUGUCGCGCGCGUGACCAACGUGGGCAUCUGGCCGGCGGGUGGCAAUCCUGCGUUCUUGACAAUCUGGAUGCAGUUGCCCUCCAACACAUCGGCGGCUCGGCGCAGCGGCGAAAGCCUCUCGCCCAUCCUCAACCAAACGGACGCUGUCGUCUACCUCAAUGCUUGGCGCGGCACCGGAUCAACAGCAGACGUGUUUGGCGUGCCCAUUCUUGCGGCCAUUGCGAGCAGUUCGCAAAUCACGCCGACCCCCAACAAGCCUUCCGACGACAGCCCGAGCUCGACGAUGACAAUCAUUAUUGCCGUUGCCGCUUGCGGUGGGCUCGUGCUGGUCAUUGCUGGCAUUGUCACGGGUGUGAAACGUCGACGCGACAACGCAGAUGUCGGCGGGCGCAGCACGGUCGAGCCGGUCGAGUCUGUUGCUGUUGUUGCUGCUGGAGCUGCUGGACACAAGAAUCAGGAUUCCACUCCUGACAUCUGGGAUGUCGAAAAGCGCGUGCGUCUCAUGUACGCGUCCCCUGGAUUUGGACAUCGCGACUCGGCCUUGUCGCGCGACAGACCCCCUUCCAAGUCUGAUGCAAUGGAAAUGGAGCAGCUCCCCGCAAGAACGGGCUCCUACUCGUCCAGGAGCAGCAAGGAGAUUGAGGCCGCCGAGGCUCACUUUGCCCACCAUUAUUCAAGAAUGCCUGUUGCUCGUGCAGAUGGAUUCGGCUCGGACCUGCAUGCUGCGGCUGCCACGGGUGAUUUGCACCAGCUUCGGCAGCAGCUUGAUCUGCUCGCGUAUGGCUCGCCAAUAAUAAUGUCCGCUUCGUCUUCGCCCCCGCCACCCUACUCGCCCUCCGACCCCGCUGCUGCUGCUGCUUCUGCUGCUGCUGCUGCUGCUGGUGCUUCUGGUGGUGCCGCCACGCCCGCCGCCGUCCCUCGUGCUCCUGUGGACGCCGCCGACGACCUCGGAAAUACGGCCCUGCACUUGGCCUGCUGGAAUGGCCAAAUCGAUACCGCUGUUUUGUUGAUUAGCGCGGGUGCCAACCCAAAUCUUUCCAAUUACGAAGGCCGGACGCCCUUGCAUUGUGCCUGCGUGAACGGCCAUGCCGAACUGGUCGCGGCAAUCAUUACUGCUUGCAACGUGCUGAGCGAGACGCCCAGGCGUGCGUCUUCGAUCGAAACCUGCAGCAGUUCUCUUUCGUCCCGGUCAAGCACCUGGUCGGGCCAUGACGCCAACCUUUUGCACAAUCGCGAGAGCUCGCCUCACUCGUCCUCAGGUAUCGACCAGUUUGGCGAACCCGCAGCGCGAGGAGGCGAAAAUGGCGAGGCGGCCUUGUCGUCCCCCGUACCCUCUCAGGCACCUUCAGCACGCGAUUCAGUGCUGUCGUCGCGCAGCAUGUCGGACGCCUCACCCUCGUCGGGCGCCACGUUUGCAACCCAAAGCUUGUCGCCCGCCAGCACGACUGCGACCGUCCCGUCGCUCGCUGCCAGCACGCUUCCGACCGUUCUGAAUGUGAACGCACUGGACAAUCGUCGCCGAUCUCCACUGCAUCUUGCCUGUGCUGGCGGCAAUGCCAGCUGCGUUGAAGUAUUGUUGAAUGCCGCAUCGCACGUCGGCCCCUGGGCGACCGUGCGAUUAAACCUUGCUGACGAAGAUGGGACGACUGCACUCAUGUCCUCCGUCAAGCUCAGCGAUGAGAUUGCAACCACGCUUCUCGUUACGGCCGGUGCCAGCACCAAGCCUCAAGACCGGAUGGGCUUCUCUGCGCUGCACUGGGCUGCCGCAUUGGGCGACAUUCAGGUUCUCUCGCGGUUACUGCAGCACCGGAUUGAAAUUGACGCAGUGAACAACAAGAACGAGACGCCGCUCAUGCUCGCAGUUCGAGAGGGUCAUGCCGAGGCCGUCCACCUGCUCCUGAGCAAGCACUCCAACCGCAAGAUUGAAAAUAAUGAGGACAAGACGGCCUUUGACAUUGCCACGGCUCGCGGCGAUGCUACGAUUGUGCGCAUGUUGAACGAUUGGACCAUUUCCUCCAUGCCGAAAUUGACCGUACCAGCGGCUGCUCCUGUGGUUGCCCGCGCGGUGGCCUUGGCACCGACCGCAGCCAGUGCUGGUCCAAGCGCUGCAAGUCUGGCCCCGAAGAUUGCAAUGGCGCGAAUGCCAACCGCCCCUCUUCAGCCUGCCAGCCAUGGUGCACGUCCCGCCCAGCUAUCGGCAUUGCACAGCAAGCAACAGCAGCCAGCUCAACUGCAGCCAAUCCGGCCCCCGCUCAGCCUUCAACAAGUGCAACAGCAGAUGCAACAAGAGCUGCAUCACCAGCAGCAAGUGCAACUGCAUCAACAGCAAGUGCAACAGCAGCACCACCACCACCUUCAAUUGCAGCAUCAGCGCCAGCUCCAGCAACAAGUCAAGCAGCACUCUUCAGAAAUUGCUGAAAUGGGACGAAUGCCUGUGCCCCUCCGCACGAUUCAAAUGCAGAUGGUGUCGCAAGGUGCUGGUCAAGCCGUGACCGGCUUUGAUCAGGUGCCGAUGAUGCAAAACGAGCUUGCGUUUGCUCCAGCGCCUGGCCGUUCUGCUGCGCCCUCCGUCUCGACCGACUCUUCUCCUUACUUGUCAACACAUAACACCCCCGUAGUUGACACCGCGAACUGGUACCCUUCCAACUUGUCGCCCGUUUCCGACGCGUUCCAUGUCACUGGCGAUGCCGUUCUCAGUGACGGAGCAUCCGACUCGGCCGAUGACGAGCUUUUGACCGAUGAAAUGUUUGCAGCGCUCUCCGGCAAUGACGAUCUGAUCGAUCCGAUGUGCUUGAAUAGCAUGUUUGGUGCCAAGCCCGACGGAUUGAUGGAUCUGGAUAUGCUGUCCAUGUAAAACGGUUUGGGGAAACCAACCAUUCUCAAACGGUUGCGCUGUGUAUUUUCUCUCCCCUUCUCUUCUUUUGACCUUCCCUUCUUAUACAUAACACCCACGUACUUUUUUUACGUGUAAUUUGCAUUGUUUGUCGAUCAUUUGUCGUUUGUUAGUAACCUUUUUUACUCCCGUUGCAUGUGUUUAACUCGUUUGCAUUGAUUUGUUUGUUAAUUUGAUUUGGUAAAGCAUACUUGUAAUCAUGAAUAUAGCAUGUUGAUGCUC